AUGAACGAAUUCCCUGAUUAAAUAGAUAUUUCAAAAUUAAGAAUCGAUUUAGGUGAGCAAUGGAACGAAACCGAGCUGGAGGUCUUUCUUAAAAGUAGAUAUCCAUUCAUUAAUAUAAUACAGUCUUUAGACAACAGCAAUUAGCGGGAGUUGGAAGGAUGCAGGAAAUAUUAAAGCAACUUGGAUAUCAAAGAACAAUCACGAAUCUGUUGUCAAUUUAUAAAAAAGUAAAGAAAUCUAUGAGGAGUAGAAUAAAAACUUCCUAGAAUCCAAUCAAAAUUGUACAGCUCAUGAUUUGUAUUUGAUUUUAUAAGAUCAUUAUGAAUAAAGUGAGAUAAUCAAUUACGAAAGAGCCUUGAUUAAGAAGAUCAAGAAAAAUUAGAAUUGUAAUAUAUUAAAUCUAAAACCAAGGUCGUAAGUCGAUUCCUCAAAAAUUUGAAGUCAUUAAAAAUGAAAGCGAUUUGACUUAUUAUUUUACAGCAACUCAAUGCAAUACCAAUAGAUGCAUGAGCAAAGGCUAAGAAAUUAGUUAGAACGUAUGUAUUUUAGCGAUUCCUAGUUCUGCAAAUGGAUUCAACAUGAAUAUUUCUAUUCUCAUUUAGAUUAUACUUAUUUUAGCCUAAACGAAUUUCAGCAGAUGUUGAACAAGGCUAAUGUGUAAUUGGGUAAGAAAUCCAUAUCAGAAUGGAGAUAGAUCAAAAUGGUAUCAAUAUUAUAUAAACAGAAUAGGCAAUAGGAUAACCAAGAAGAUUCUCAUUUUACUUUUUAUAAUAGGAGAUGAGCAAAUUGGCCAAGUAUAGAUCAGUGAUACGGAAUUACUUGUUUGAUCAAAACUACCCAGUUCACAGGGAUAUAAAAAAUUUAGAUUUAAUUCGAGACAUAGUAAGACUUGCCCCCUUUAGUAAUGGACAAGUUGUAUACGCCAUUCAUCCUGAAUGUAAACAUGUGCAUCCAGGAUAAAUUGUGUCCACUAACUUACCAAGCAUUACGAUUAAAUUCUUAUAAUCUGAACUGGGUGUCCACAAGAUUUUUGAUUAGAAUAUCCAGCUGUAAAUAUGCUAAAUUAUAAGAACAAAAGGGAGGAGAAGUUUCUAAACAAAUAAUUGAGUGAUGAACGAUUUGAUAUGUAAUAGUAAAUGAGUUUGAAUCUCUCGAAUGAAAAUAAGAAUACUUUGAUUUCAAGUAUAGUGUAAGAGUUUGAUUACUUUGCUGCUUCCUUUAUGAUCAGGAUUCUCUAGAGGUAUUAAACAUAAUGAUGUGUAAGGAAAUAUGCUCUGGUGGGCUAUUUGAAGUAACUAAAUUAAAGAUUGGAAUAGGAUCCAGCCCUUAAAAAUGAUCCAGACUUUAAAGCUCAAUAUGGAUGGACAUUUUAGCAAAUACGAAAUUUUGAUUCAGCCUCUAAACAUGUCAUGACUAAAUUCAGAAUGAGAGGUCUGAAUGGCUACUGUAUUUAUAUCUUAAUGAUCAUUAUGCUAGCUCUUAAACAGGUGAACAAUAAUCUUGAUAAGGUGUUGAGUAUGCCAUUAGCCUAUAUGGAGAGAGAAUUAGACCAAAAUAAUACUCGAGUUGAAGAGGAGAAGAAAAAUCAAGAGAUCAAAUAAAUUAUACAUAAAUAAUAGGAUGUAUGAAAAUAUAGUGUUACUUUUUAGGAAAAGAUUAAUUCACAAUUGAAUCAAUUACUUAAUUCAAAGUUUUAAUUCCUAGAGAAUGAUCAAUGUACAUGAUUCAUAAUAAUUAGCAUAUAAAUCUUUGAUUUCCUCAUUGUUUGGAUUGCUUUUCACUUUGAAUAAUAAUUCAGAUCUGAAUAUGAACACGAACAUCUAUUGGUAGACUCUAAAAUAAAACAUCAAAGAUUCACAUCCUGAAUAAUUUUAAGAAAUUCAAGAUUCCAUACUAAAAAUAGUUGGUAAUUAAAGUAAAUGA